AUGUCGUCCUUGUUCCUUUCUAUUCUCUUAAUAACCCUUUCUUGCACUAAGGCCAUCACUGCCAACCAUAACGUUCCGAUUGAAGGAGACGUCGCACAACGGCGCACGUACAUUAUUCGCGUUCGCCCACCUGAGAACUUAACCAUUACCCGCUCGGAGGAUCUGACGAACUGGUACAAAUCAUUCCUACCGCUGGCUACUACGGAGUCGGCAGAUUUUCAGUUCAUCUACACUUACAGCGAGGCCAUCAUUGGCUUUGCCGCGAAUCUUACGGAGGAUGAAGUCAGGUACGUGGAGCAGAAUGACAACUUUCUAAAGGCCUAUCCUGACCGCCUGCUGCCUCUCUCGACUACGCACACUCCCGACUUCCUGGGGCUGCAAAUCAACAACGGGCUCUGGAGAAUGUCCAACAUGGGCAAAGGGGUCAUCAUCGGAAUGGUCGAUACGGGUAUAGUGCAUAAUCAUCCGUCGUUCAACGACGACGGACUGCCUCCUCCGCCUUCUAAAUGGAAGGGGGCUUGUGACUCCAAGGAAAUUGGGUGCAACAACAAAGUCAUAGGGGCGAUACAACUUCUUGGCGGUCGUCGAACAGAGAGCAGCGUCGGUGACACAACUGGGCACGGAACUCACGCCGCCGGCACGGCUGCAGGGAACUUCGUCAAGAAUGUCAGCAUACUUGGGAACGCCAACUACACUGCUGCUGGCAUGGCACCGUACGCCCAUCUGGCAAUCUACCAAGUUUGCGACUAUAGAGUAUGCUCCAGCGUGGACAUCCUAGCCGGGAUGGAUGCAGCUAUCAAGGAUGGAGUCGAUGUGUUGUAUGUGGGAUUCCAGUCCAGUUCCUUCCCUUUUGAUGCAGAUGAGAUCGCCGUUGGCGCCUUCAGUGCAACCGAGAAGGGAGUCCUUGUAAUUGACCCUUCAGGUAACUCCGGCCCAACAAGUAGCACGCUCGGUACCCAGGACCCGUGGACCCUGACAGUAGGAGCAAGCACAAUGGAUCGAAAUUUUAAAUCAACUGUGAAGCUUGGUAAUGGACAAGUACUCGAAGGUGAAGCACUCAGUCAACCUGCCCACUUCCCGUCCACCAUGAUUCCUCUUGUGUACCCAACAAGCGCAGGAGCUGAUGAUACCGAUGAUGAUAACUGUAACAACAACAAUCUCUGGAAAGCUGAAGUGAACGGAAAGAUGGUUGCGUGCGUUAGAAAUCGGUGGAGUGUCAAAACGAGCUUCAAAAUCGCCGCGGCAGGCGGUGCUGCAAUGCUCGUCUUGAACACGGAGGCAGACGGAUACACCACCUUGCCCAAACGUCACUAUCUCCCUGCGUCUCAUGUAAGCUACAUUGAUGGAUCCAAGAUAAAGUCGUACAUCAACUCAACGGACAAACCGACCGCCUCAAUUUCCUUCGACGGCAUGCGCCUCGGAACUUCUCCGGCUCCCGCUGUCGCCUCCUUCUCUUCUAGAGGGCCCAGUGCUCACAGUCAAAGCCCUGGCUAUUUGAAGCCUGAUAUCAUCGGCCCUGGAGUGACUGUUCUCGCAGCAUGGCCUGGCGGAUUCGAAUGGUCCACCAAAAAUGAUACUUACACAAAUUUUAACGCCAUAUAUGGAACUUCAAUAGCCGCUGCACAUCUAAGCGGCAUUGCGGCACUGAUUAAAGCCGCACAUCCAGACUGGUCACCAGCAGCAAUCAAGUCGGCAAUCAUGACAGCAUCAGAUAUAACAGACAACACGGGCAAUCGAAUUUUGGAUGAAACUCUACAUCCUGCAAGCUUCUUCGCCAUGGGUGCUGGGCACGUAAAUCCUACGAAAGCGUCUGAGCCCGGUCUAGUUUAUGAUCUAGUUGUCGAGGAUUACAUAGCUUUCCUUUGUGGGUUGGGUUAUGAAGAUGAUAGAGUUGAAACGAUUACUCAUCGGAAGGUCACUUGUUCGAAGGUAAAGAAAAUCACGGAGGCUGAGCUAAACUACCCAUCUGUUGUCGCCGAUGGAAAGUUAGGGAAACUUACAGUGAAUCGGACGGUAACGAAUGUGGAAGAGGGACACUCGACGUACAACAUCGAGAUCGAUAUGCCAAAGGGUGUAUCAGUAAAUGUGUCGCCAGCGACGUUGGAGUUCUCAGCGAUAAAGGAGAAGAAGAGUUUCACGAUAAGCUUGAGUUGGUCGCCUAAUGAGACCACUCAUGCUGAGGGAAACUUCAUGUGGGUGUCAAAGAAGCGUGUUGUGAGGAGUCCUAUUGUUAUCUACCAGAAGAGUCAGUAAAUAUACCUGCAGUGUGCAAAUAACUGAAAAAAGCAUUCAAUUGAGUUCAAAUUAUGAAAUUCUUAGAAAUCUUUCCUCUUGUUGCUUCAAAGUUGCAAAGUUUAUGUGAUGGACAAGGUUUAAAAUUAGAAUCGAAAAUAAAGAAACAAGCUAUUCCUAAAUAACAACCACUAUAGUAGGAUCUGUUCAUGCAAACAAUCUAGGAGACUUUUAGAUUACUUUGAUUUUAAACGCUUAGGUGUAGUUGGCCACUAAUUUACAUUUGUUAUAUCAAAUUGAAUUGAGAAUUGAAGAAUUAGAAAGAAAAUAAUUGUUUUUUCUUAUUUUCUUGUAUUUCUUUCAACUCAUGAUAGUGGAACUGUAUGAAUGUUUGAAGGUGAGUAAUUGAAGUGAUUGUUUUCAAUUAUUUGGACCAUUUAGAUCUUUAACAUACAAUAAAAAAAAAAUAUUUCUAAAAUUAAAUCCUUAAUUCCACCAUUUUUUUUAAGGUCCGAGGAGCUUGUAACAGCUAGACAACUACUUACAAAUGGUUUCUUGUUCAUGGCAUUGGCAUUGUCGUACACGACGC